UAUGUUUUGUAUGAUCAAAUCAUAACCAUAACAAACUUGAAAGUUCUCUGUUCUCCCAUAAUUUUAUCAUCUAUCAUCAAUAUAGUUACUUAUCUAUAUAUUAUAUAAAUAUAUACUAUAUAUUUGUGUUCUGUGUUACUUAUGUGUAACAAAAAAAAUAAAACCGCCUAAAAUGUUAAGAUUUCGAAUAAUAGCAAAAUUGGAUAAUUGCGUUAGAAACAAAACUCACUUGGAAGCUCUCCGGGAGAAAAUCAGUAAAGGCCCAAGUUUACAAGAAUUCAUAAACAAUCCUCACUCUGAAGAUGACUCAGAAGCAUUUGAUUUAUAUGAUGGAAAACUGAAAAGAGAGAAAGGAGAGGAGCAGCGAUUAAGGCUGCCUCCCUGGUUAAAAAGGACUAUUCCAAUGGGAAAAAAUUAUAUGAAAAUUAAAGAGCAGCUCAGGGAUUUGAACUUACACACAGUAUGUGAAGAAGCGAGAUGCCCCAAUAUUGGAGAAUGUUGGGGAGGAGGUGAACAUGGAACACAAACUGCCACUAUUAUGUUACUAGGUGAUACUUGUACAAGAGGUUGUAGAUUUUGUUCUGUUAAAACUUCAAGGGCACCACCACCACCAGAUCCAAAUGAACCAGUUAACACAGCUAAAGCUAUUGCCUCAUGGGGACUAGAUUACAUUGUCUUAACUUCUGUGGAUAGGGAUGAUUUACCUGAUGGGGGAUCCAACCACUUUGCCAGGACGGUCAGAGAAAUUAAGAAUAGAAAUAAAAAUAUUUUAGUUGAAUGUCUUGUGCCAGAUUUUAAGGGAAACCUAGAUCAGGUUAAAGUUAUUGCAAAUUGUGGUUUAGAUGUUUAUGCUCAUAAUAUUGAAACAGUGGAGAAGCUCACACCCUAUGUAAGGGAUAGGAGGGCGAAAUAUAGACAAUCUCUAUUUACACUCGAAAAUGCCAAAAAAGUGAAUCCUGAUCUUAUUACCAAAUCUUCUAUUAUGUUGGGACUUGGGGAGACUGAUGAGGAGGUAGAAGUAACAUUAAAGGAUUUGAAAGAAGCUGGGGUUGAUUGUGUAACCUUAGGACAAUACAUGCAACCUACAAAAAGACACUUAAAGGUUGUUGAAUAUGUUACACCGGCUAAGUAUAAGCAUUGGGAAAUAGUGGGCAAUGAAAUGGGAUUCCUUUAUGUUGCUAGUGGACCUUUAGUACGAAGUUCCUACAAGGCAGGAGAAUUUUUCAUUUCAAGUAUAAUAAAAAAUAGAUCUAAUAAGGCCUAAAAUUUGUUUUCUCUGAAGUCAAAAUAAAAAAUGUAGCCAAUCUUUAUUGUAAAUAAUAUGAUAGGUUUUUUUAAGUGUAUAACAAAUUAUUUUCUUUUUUAAAUAGUCAAGGAAAUUAAAUCUUCUGUCAGAAUUUAUUGUAGAUCUGAAUGGCCAUCUUAGUUGCACUUAAAUGUCAAAGAUCCACAAACACACAGGCUAGCUAAAAAAAUAAAGAAUUUUUUGAGAAUAUAGUAAAAGGUUAUUACAAUUGAUACUAAUGUAUUUGAACAUAUUUUAGUUUUGCUUUAAAUAACAUGUAAAGUACUAAAUAAAAUCUAUAUUGUUGUGACCAAACAACAAAAAGCUA